CGUUUGUGUAUUGAUCACAGUAAGUCUUUUUUUUUUUUAUGAGCAGAGGGUUAUCUUCCAGUGAAGGUGUAAAUGUGUGUAUAUCCAUGUGCGCGUGAGCAUGCGUCUGUUGGUCGAUUAGAGAGUGGACACUGUGUGAUCAGGCAUGCAGGUCUCAUUGAUCAUUACCAACCUUCAGGCUCACACUCUGGACCCAUCAUGGAAACGGGAAAGUACUUUGUCACUCUGCAGCAGCUGACAGGUACUCUGGCUCUGGCUGUGUUCACAGCAGCUCUGGGGUCCCUGCAGUUUGGGUACAGUCUCGGAGUCAUCAACGCGCCGCAGAAGGUCAUUGAAAAGCAUUAUGCGAAGUCCUUGGGUGUGUGGUCAGAGAGAUCUGCUCUUUCGGAAAAUGGCACAGAAGACGAUGGUGCCUUGGAUGCAGGAAAACACCCCUCCGUGAUCAUGUAUUGGUCACUGUCAGUGGCAAUUUUCUCAAUUGGUGGCAUGUUUUCCUCCUUCCUGGUGGGAUUUGUGGGAGACCUGCGAGGGAGGGUGAAGGGCAUGUUAAUGGUCAAUGUUCUCGCCAUUGUGGCUGGACUUUUGAUGGGUCUUUGCAAGAUGUGGCUGCCACACAUUAUGGUCAUCUCGGGUCGAGCCGUCAUGGGCUUCUACUGCGGGCUGACAUCUGGAUUAGUUCCUAUGUACAUUGGAGAAAUCGCACCCAAAGCAUACAGGGGUGCUCUAGGAACCUUACACCAGUUGGCUAUUGUCGUCGGAAUCCUACUCAGCCAGGUAAUUGGCCUGGACUUUGUGCUCGGUAAUGAUGAAAUGUGGCCCUUGCUGCUUGGUCUCUCUGGAGCUCCUGCUGUGUUACAAUGCAUUCUGCUGCCUCUUUGCCCUGAGAGCCCUCGGUAUCUUUACAUCCUGCUUGGGAAAGAGCAAGAGGCGAGGAAAAGCCUGCUUCGUCUGAAGGGGGCAUAUGAUCCAACUCCUGAUCUAGAAGAAAUGAAAAGAGAGAAAGAUGAGGCAGACAGAGAGCCAAGGGUCUCUAUUCGAUCAUUGAUCUUCUCCUCUGUGUACAGACAGCAGCUAGUCGUUGCCCUCAUGAUGCACCUUUCCCAGCAGCUGUCUGGCAUUAAUGCAAUCUUUUAUUAUUCUACAGCCAUCUUUGAACGAGCUGGUGUCGCUCAGCCUAUCUAUGCCACCAUAGGAGUCGGGGUGAUCAACACGGUCUUCACUCUGGUGUCUGUUGCUCUGGUGGAUAAGACUGGCAGGCGCACCCUGACUUUGCUUGGUCUGGGAGGGAUGUGCUGCUGUGCUUUUGCCAUGACACUGGGCCUCAAACUCCAGGAUUCCUUCUCAUGGAUGAGCUACGUCAGCAUGUCAGCAAUUUUCCUGUUUGUCAGUUUCUUUGAGAUCGGUCCCGGUCCCAUUCCGUGGUUCAUAGUGGCUGAAAUAUUCAGCCAGGGGCCUCGGCCUGCAGCCAUCGCCAUCGCAGGCUGCUGUAACUGGACCAGCAACUUCAUCAUAGGCAUGACCUUUCCAUAUAUACAGAAAUGGUUGGAUUGUUACGUGUUCGUCCUUUUCGGUGUCUUGCUUCUCGGCUUUACGGUGUACAUUUACUUCCGGGUCCCCGAGACCAAGGGCAAAACCUUUGAGGAGAUCGCUGCUGUCUUCCAGAAGGGACGCAAGAUUCCAAAAGACAGUGUUGAACUGGAGCAGCUUAAAGCGUCAACGGAUGCUUAGGACAGCAGCUCCCUGUGGGUUUCCAUUGUAUUAUUCAUUAAAGACAAAAGUAAGCAUAUUUACAGAGAAAAAGAUUACAGUUUUGACCAUAAAUAUCCCUUCUCUGUGGAGAAAAGUUUACAUGAAUUCCAAAUAUAGACUUUUAUUGCAGUAUUGUGAUUGUUGACUGGAAAAACAUUUCUCCAAUUCACCUCAGUUAUUCUGACCUUAAAAGCAUUUUAUUUUUAUUUUUCAGUGAUGUUUAACUCUCCGACUCACUUUUGUCAAUUUGGUUGAGAAAACAGAUAUUUCCAGCCCAUAUGCUUUAAAAAACACUGAUCAUUUUGCUGUGGAAGAACUUUUUGUGUCGCUUUUUGUCAGAAAUUUCUUUUGUUUACUGUUACUUAAAUAAAGGGUUUUCCAUUAACAGUGCAGGAUGAUGUAUAUGUAUAAAUGUUUGACACAACAAGGCUGUCUUCACAGUUGUGUGCUAAAGAAAUAUGUUUCAAGCGUCCAUAUCAGCACUUUGUUAACGUGGAAUUUAUGUCUGAGAGUGAACACUUUGGAGCUAUGUUUGUCAGAUAUGUCACAAAGAAAUUUGAUAAAGAAACUUGGAACCCUUUUAUGGCACAGUUUGACAAGCGUUUAGUUGACUUUUAAUGGACAGAUUCAUAAUGAUUGACAAGGGAGUUACAGGCAUUCUGGAAACUCUGUGUGAGGCGAGGAUAUGUUUUUAGGGAGAAUAAGUUCCAGACACAUCUGAUGAUAAUUUUUAUGUGUGCCCAGAGCACAUGGAUAAAAGGGACGUUUUUCGCGAAGCCAGAGGAAUGUAAUCUGCUUCUGUAUGAAUCUAUCAAGCCCCAGGGACAAUCUUUCUUUUACACAGCUACCAAUGAAAACAAACUUCAAGUCAAAUCAACUAAACUGUGUCACCCCCUCUGUGCAAACACCGUUUGUUACCAUAUUUGUUUUAUUUCUCAUUUACAAGCACAAGAGAGAAUGUGGUGUAUCGCAGUAAAUCGUUUUUUGUGCUGUGAUGCAAUAUCUCAAACACUGGACUUUGUGGAGGAAAAUAAAUCCCUUCUAACAUUUCCAA